AUGUCAAACAUCAUAGCCUCUUCUAUCGCAAUAUCCUGUGGAUAUCUUGCAACUUAUCACACCGAUAAUUCUUUGACAACGUUCUCAUAUUUGAAAGCAGCCGCCUUGAGCAUUUUGAUAUAUGUUCCUAUCCAGUUCACGUGGACUUGCUUCUUGUGGCCUCUCUACUUCAGCCCUUUGAGGAAGUUACCACAAGCCCCAGUCUUGGAAUUCAUGGAUACCGUGCCUCAUGAAUACUUCUUUCGAAUGUUGGACAUUUUCAACAAAGAAAUAGUGAUCCUGACAGAUCCAAAAGCGAUCACGCAGCCUUUUCAGACAAAUUCUUAUGAAUAUGUCAAGCCUGUGAAUAUCAAAAAUAUUUUAAAACAUCUUCUUGGUAAUGGCUUGAUCGUUUCCGAUGGCCAGGACCACAAGUAUCAAAAGAAACACCUCGCUCCAGUAUUUAACUUCAGGGCUGUGAAGAAUUUGUACCCUCUCUUUUGGAAAAAGAGCAGCGAAAUGGUAUCCCUCAUCAAGGCCGAGAUCGAUACUAAGCCAAAUUCUUCCAGUGCCAUAACUGGAAUUGUCAAUAUAGAUGACCGGAGCGGAAGAAUAGGACUUGAUAUCAUCGGAAAAGCUGGGUUUGGUUCAGAUUUCAAUGCCCUUUCUAAUCCUCACACGCCUUUGAACACGUCAUACCGGGACGGCUUCACCCCAGACAAGUCAUCUGCUAUAAUUUUAUUACUUUCAGUACUCACGUACCCUGCCCUGAUAAGACUGCUUCCAAUCAAGAAGAAUCGCCAAACCCGUGAAGGACUAGUCAUGGUUAACAACUACCUCAAGGAUCUCAUCAGCCAGCGGAAGAAAGAUAUGAUGAUGAAUGUUGAUGAGUCGGACUACCUUGACAAGACGGGCCACGAAGAUAUCAUAUCUUCAGCAAUGAAAACUAAUGCUUUCACCACGGAGAACCUUGUGGAUCAGUCUAAAACUUUGUUGGGAGCUGGCCAUGAUACUUCUUCGAUUGCCAUAACUUGGGCAAUCUCUCUUCUCAGCCAGCCAAAAUACGCUCACAUCCAACAACGUCUCCGCGACGAAGUCCGCGCAAACCUUCCAAGCCCCUCCUCAGGAGUCGAAGUCAAUGCCGAGCUACUCGAUAAACUCCCUUAUCUCGACGCAGUGAGCAAAGAAAGCAUGCGCGUACGAUCUCCUGUUACAAGAACCUCGCGAAUACCUCUUCACGAUGCGCAGAUCUGCGGGGUAACAAUUCUAAAAGGCACGACUGUCCAAGUGAUGCCCUGGGCGCUGAACAAAACAAAGAUCCAUUGGGGCGAUGACGCCAGGGAAUUCAAUCCUGAGAGGUGGCUCGUUGGUGAGAAUAAAGCGAAUGGUGGAGCAUCAAGUAGCCUGGCUUAUGGUACGUUUGGGACUGGGACGCGGGGUUGCAUUGGUAAAGGAUUCGCUAUUGGUGAGAAUAAAGCGAUUCUUGCGGCAUUAAUCGGGAGUUUUGACUUCAAGCCCGUUGGUGGGAAGACACAGGAUCUUGAGAUAAUGUAUGGGCUUACAGUGAGGAUUAUUGGGGGCUUGCCAGUUGAGGUUACGGCUGUUGACGGUUGGUGAUGCUGCGGUUCAGCGACCAUCGAAGCUAGGGUUUGGUUAAAAUGGUGGUGAUCGGUGUUCAUGUGAAUCCUAAGAUUAGAAUUCAUAGCAGGCCCC